UGGUGAACACGAUUGAUGCACAUUUCUGGGGAUCAGAUAAUUCGCCAAACUAAACAUUCAUCUUCAUUCAAAGCCUCUCAGUGCUCUGUUGCUCUUGUCCUUUUGCAACGCUUCAGAUCACCAAAAGUAGAGAGACAACCUACGUCACACAACACACACAAGAACAUGGCAUCAGCAGCAUCUGGGUUUGUGUUUUCUCUUAAUGUUGCAGCUGCCACCACAAACUCAUCCCCUUCAAGGGUCAUGUUCCCCUCAAAGAACAAUGGUUCUAGGCUUGUUGUAAGGGCUUCAGAUGAGGUUGCACCCGCACCUGCCACCGCCACUCCCCCACCUGAAGCCGAAGCAAAGCCAAAGCCACCGCCUAUUGGCCCCAAGAGAGGUGCUAAGGUGAAGAUUCUUAGGAAGGAAUCGUAUUGGUACAAAGGAACUGGGUCAGUUGUUGCUGUUGAUCAGGAUCCCAAGACUCGCUACCCUGUUGUGGUUCGAUUCAACAAAGUGAACUAUGCCAAUGUAUCAACAAACAACUAUGCUUUGGAUGAGAUCGUGGAAGUUGAAUGAGUCCAAUUUAGUUGUAUUUUUGAUGCCUCUCUUGUUAUCGCUGUUACUAGUCUAAGGUUUUAUCAUGUCACAAAACAAAAGAAUCUGUAUCAUAUGCUCUCUGAUAUCUACCCCUUGAUCUCUAUUCUCUGUGAACAACAUUCUCUGUGCAGCUGCUCAUAAUCUUCCACUACCCAGAUUCUUAUUUUAUUGAAAUCAGCAACUAGUUUUGUUGGA